ACGAUUAAAUUUAAUCGAAAAAGUUAAAAGAAAAAAGACAAUUCCCUACUUCUUUUCUUUGUUGUUGACAAGGCCUGAUAGCCUCAGUCUAUUAUAUGUCGGAUUGUUUCACAGAUUAUAAAAUUAAAAAGAAAGAAAGAAAGAAAGAGAGAAGAAAGCUGAUUUUUGCUCUGCUUUUGUUUUGCUUUGCUUUGGCUUUGUCUCUCUGAUUUUCCGGCGACGAGUCUGUUUACUUCUGCUUGAUCCCUUAAAGUUUUUUUUUUUGCUUCUUUUUUAGUUUUUUUUUUGGGUAAAUCUUUCUCGUUGGAUUCUGGAACCAAAGCGGCGAGCUUCAAGUGAGGAGCAGUUUUGCAACCGGUUGUUAACAUUCCGUGCAGUUACUUCUCUACGGUUCGGAUUCUUUAAACCGAUUCAUCGACGUUGAUUUCUGUUUUGGCGAAGGAAAUGCUUCAUGUGAUUGAAAUACCGAACUAAUCAAAGCUUGUUACGGAGCUAAUGAAGAGAAAAAUAGCUCAGGAAAGAACAAAGUUUUGGCUUUUGGUUUUCUCUUCAAGUUAGGGUUUAGUUUCUUUGGGAUUUGGAUGUGAAUGCAAUCACCAGCGUUUCCUCAAGCGCGUCUGUAGUAAUUUUCCAACGAAGGGAUGCUGCGAAAAUGAAAAAUUUUUGAAGCGUUGCGGUUUCAUAUAGCCAAAAGAGUGGAAGUAACUUUAUUGUGACCAAAGUUGAUAUCUUUUCAGUGUUUUAUUGGAGCAAAACAACUGAUCGGAUUCCUUAAGAAAAGUUCUUUUGCUUUUAAUUGAUUCAAAUUUGUAAGAUGAAGGCUCCGCCGAAUGGGUUUUUGGCAAAUUCUGCUGAAGGAGAAAGGAAGAGUAUCAAUUCAGAAUUAUGGCAUGCUUGCGCUGGACCACUUGUUUCUUUGCCGCCAGUUGGAAGUCUGGUGGUUUACUUUCCUCAAGGCCACAGCGAGCAGGUUGCAGCAUCAAUGCAAAAAGAGACUGAUUUCAUACCAAGCUACCCUAACCUUCCUUCCAAGUUGAUUUGCAUGCUCCAUAACGUCACAUUGCAUGCUGAUCCAGAAACUGAUGAGGUCUAUGCCCAGAUGACUCUUCAACCUGUAAACAAAUAUGACAAGGAAGCAUUACUGGUGUCUGAUAUGGGCCUCAAGCAAAGCAGACAACCUGCUGAGUUCUUUUGCAAGACUCUCACAGCUAGUGACACUAGCACUCAUGGUGGAUUUUCUGUGCCUCGUCGAGCAGCUGAGAAGAUUUUCCCUACUCUGGAUUUUUCUAUGCAACCACCUGCUCAAGAGCUAGUAGCUAGAGAUUUACAUGACAAUACAUGGACAUUUAGACAUAUUUAUCGAGGUCAACCGAAGAGGCACCUUCUGACUACUGGUUGGAGUGUCUUUGUUAGCACUAAAAGACUGUUUGCUGGUGAUUCCGUUCUUUUCAUAAGAGAUGAGAAGUCACAGCUUCUCUUGGGUAUAAGGCACGCUAAUAGACAGCAGUCAGCUCUCUCUUCAUCAGUGAUUUCUAGUGAUAGCAUGCAUAUUGGGAUCCUUGCUGCUGCAGCUCAUGCUGCAGCAAAUAACAGCCCAUUUACUAUAUUCUACAAUCCAAGGGCAAGUCCUUCUGAGUUUGUGAUACCCUUGGUGAAGUAUAACAAAGCCGUGUAUACCCAAGUUUCUCUUGGUAUGCGGUUUAGAAUGAUGUUUGAAACUGAGGAUUCUGGAGUUCGCAGAUACAUGGGUACAAUUACUGGUAUCAGUGACCUGGAUCCUGUGCGAUGGAAAACUUCACAGUGGCGCAAUAUUCAGGUUGGAUGGGAUGAAUCUACAGCUGGUGAACGGCCCAGCCGAGUUUCAAUUUGGGAAAUUGAGCCUGUUGUAACUCCUUUCUACAUAUGUCCACCUCCGUUUUUCAGGCCCAGGUUUCCCAAGCAACCAGGGAUGCCAGAUGAUGAAUCUGAUAUUGAGAAUGCUUUCAAGAGAGCUAUGCCCUGGCUUGGAGAUGACUUUGGUAUGAAAGAUGCCCCUAGUUCAUUCUUCCCUGGUUUGAGUUUAGUUCAAUGGAUGAGCAUGCAACAAAAUAAUCAGUUUCCAGCUGCUCAAUCAGGAUUCUUUCCAUCAAUGGUUUCUUCGAAUCCGCUGCAUAAUAACCUUAGCACUGAUGAUCCUUCCAAAUUAUUGAAUUUUCAAGCUUCUGUAUUACCUGCAUCAAAUAUGCAAUUUAACAAAGCAAAUGCAAACCAAGUCAACCAGUUGCCUCAGGCACCUAUGACAUGGCCCCAGCAGCAGCAACUGCAGCAGUUAUUGCAGACUCCUCUAAAUCAACACCAACAGCAGCAGCAAUCCCAACAGCAAUUGCAGCAACAACAGCCACAACAACCACAGCAGCAGCCACAGCCACAGCCACAGCCACAGCCACAGCCACAACCACCUCCACAGCAGCAGCAGCAGCAGCAGCAGCAACAACAACAGCAACAACAAAGACAACAGCCACAACCACAGCAGCAGCUGCAACAACAAGCCUUCCUACCGGCUCAAGUAAAUAAUGGCAUCAUUGCCCCUGAUCAGAUCACAAAUCAAAAUUUGCAUCUGCCAGCUGUUUACUCUCAGCUUCAGCCGCAACAAUUACUGACAAGCAAUAGCCAGUCAACCCAAACUAUCCUCUCUGCUAAUAAGACUUUGUAUCCUUCGACAUCAUUAGCACAAGAUACACAGAUUCAGCAACAGAUGGAACAGCAACCCAACCUCAUUCAGAGGCAGCAGCAACAGACACAGUUGCAGCAGUCACCUGUACAAUUGUUGCAGCAAAGCCUGUCUCAAAGGACACAGCAGCAGCCACAGAUUCAGCAACUGUCACAGCAGGACCUCUCAGAGCAACAGCUUCAAUUACAACUGUUACAGAAAUUGCAGCAACAGCAGCAGUUGUCUCAACAAUUACUCUCCCCAGCUGGAUCACUUCUGCAGUUCCCAAUGGUGCAGCAACAGCCAACCCAUCAACAAAACCAACCAUUGCAGCAGUUACCUAUUUCACAGAUCCAGCCACAACCACUUGGCAGCAAUGGCUUCUCAACAUCAGGGCUUAUGCAACCUCAACAGCUUUCAAUGAACCAACCCCAAAGUCAGAUCAAGCCACUUAUGGCAAUGAGAACCCAUUCCGGUCUUACUGAUGGAGAUGCUCCUUCAUGUUCAACCUCCCCUUCUACCAAUAAUUGUCAGGUUUCCCCUUCAAACUUUCUAAACAGAAGUGAGCAAGUACCAUCCAUAUUGGUGACAGAUCCGAUUGUUGAGCCUGCAAGUACUGUUGUUCAAGAGCUUCAGAGCAAGCCUGAUAUCCGAACCAAACAUGAGCUGUCCACCUCUAAAGGACCAGACCAAUCAAAGUACAAAAGUACACUGACAGAUCAUUUAGAAGCAUCUUCUUCUGGAACAUCAUACUGCCUGGAUGCAGGCACCAUCCAGCAUAAUUUCUCCCUCCCCACCUUUCUGGAAGGUGAUGUCCAAUCACAUCCUCAGAACAAUCUUCCUUUUACAGCUAAUAUUGAUGGAUUGCCACCUGACACUUUGUUAUCAAGGGGAUAUGACUCUCAAAAGGAUCUUCAAAACCUGCUUUCUAAUUAUGGUGGCAAUCCAAGAGAUAUUGACACAGAAUUGUCUACGGCUGCAAUAAGCUCUCAGUCUUUUGGUGUGCCAAACAUACCUUUCAAGACUGGGUGCUCAAAUGAUGUUGCCAUCAAUGAGACAGGAGUUCUAACCGGUGGAUUGUGGCCCAACCAAACUCAGUGCAUGCGAACAUAUACAAAGGUGCAAAAGCGUGGCUCUGUAGGAAGAUCAAUUGAUGUGACCCGCUACAAAGGGUAUGUCGAACUCAGGCAAGAUCUAGCCCGCAUGUUUGGUAUUGAGGGGCAGCUGGAAGAUCCACAUGGUUCUGACUGGAAAUUAGUUUACGUGGAUCAUGAAAAUGACAUAUUACUUGUUGGUGAUGAUCCUUGGCAAGAAUUUUUAAGUUGUGUUCAGAGCGUAAAGAUACUGUCAUCUGCUGAAGUACAGCAGAUGAGCUUGGAUGGUGAUCUUGGAAAUUUGGCAGUUCCCCAUCAAGCUUGCAGUGUCACUGACAGCGGAAAUGCUUGGAGAGGUCAUUAUGAUGAUACCUCAGCUGUCUCAUUUAACAGAUAAAUUCUCGAAAUUCAGAUACAAAAACAAACUCAAAAUAUAUUUUGCCAUUGGACUUUGCCUGGGCUUAUCAAUGAAUCUGGUGUAUGCACUGAAAAGGAUACAAUUUAGUCAAGUCCUUCAAUGAGAAGUGAUUAUCCUGGCUGAUUGAGCCUUUGGAAAGAGUGCAGACCGCAGGUGUUAAAUUUUAAAACCACUGCCAUGAAGUUGGCAGAAGAAUAUCAUGUUUUAACUUUAGCAUACGCUUUUUGACUUUGGCCUUUGUUGCUAGUUCUAUGGUGAGGUAGGGUGCAGAAGGAUCAGGUGGCAAGGGACCAUAGAUGUAUAAUAUAACCAUAUUUAGAGCUCAUCUGACAUUCUCUCCUGUAAAUGCUAUGGUGUAGAGCACAUUAUCCGCAAGAUGUGUAGUGGUUGUAGCUAUUACUCCUAAGAUACAAUUAGCAUCAAUUUUUGUUCAUGUUGCAGCCAUGCUUCC